AUGUGGCUGUCGACAGGUAUCGCGACUAUUGGCUUGGCGUUUUACAGCCCAUCUAAGAAAGGAAACGCCUCAUCCGACGCCUCGCUGAAAUCCUAUUUCUGGCAAGACAGGUACGAAACCCUUAUUCUGAAUUUCCGAAGAAAACGGGGACCAGGUACAUACCAGACAAGUUCUUUCCCCUCUGACAACCAAAAAUGUGACCCUGCGUCAAUCACCACUUCCCAAAAGGGCUUGCUGUGCGAAAACGCCAAGACCCGGGCCGUUGAUGUGGUGGCUGAUACCGGACUGACAACAUACGCCGAGUACGGUUUCUCGCCGAAUAUCCAAACGGACUUCCAAGAUCUACACUACGUGGGGGCCGGGCAGACCCGCACAAUCACUCGACCCACCCGGGCCGCUCCCGAGGACCCACUCACGAGUUUUAUGGGACCCUCGAAUCCGGGAUCCGGAAAGCCGCCGGGUGCCAUGAGCAAUAGGACCUCAUAG